AUGGUUAGCCAAUAUCAUCUAGGUGUUAAAGAAAAAUGGAGCCUACACAUCUGUAUUGAUUUCCGUAAUUUGAAUCUGGCAACUCCUAAGGAUGAAUACACAAUGCUAAUCUCGGAUUUACUGAUUGAUGCCGCAGCCAAUCAUGAAAUGUUGUACUUCAUGGACAGCUAUGCCAGUUACAACCAGAUCUUUAUCGCUGAAGCUGACGUUCACAAAACCGUCUUCCGUUACCCGGGGUCACUUGGCACCUACAAAUGGGUCGUCAUGUCAUUCGACCUUAAGAACGUCGGUGCCCUAUACCAACGAGCUAUGAAUAUCAUAUUCCAUGAUUUCAUCAGUACGGUCGUAGAAGUUUAUAUCGAUGAUGUGGUUGUGAAAUCGAAAAGUCGCUGA